AUGAGAAUUUUCAAAGUUGACUCGCCAUUAGACGCCGAAUUAAAGGUCUUAAAAGUAUUAUCGGAUUAUGAUGCUGAUUGUGCAGUGAAAUUGGUUGAUAGUGCCUAUGAUGAUACAAGUGAAUUAUUGUGGUUUGCUGUUUCGUCUAGAUUUGAUGAGUCGUUGAAGAUUUUCUUUGUUGAUAGCCCCUAUGAUUGUGAUAUCAAGAUCAAGUUUGUGGAUUCUCUUUAUGAUGUGAGAUGGAUCAAUGAAGAUAAGAAGCAUCUCUUGAAGAACAAUUCUCCAAACGUGUAA